CCUACCCAACGCUCUUCCCCUUUAAGUUCUUUUCUACCUUCCGACACGCGGUCCGAACAAUCCCACCGAAGAUGGCGGCCAGCUCGGAGCGCAGUCCUCCUCCUUUCCCCGAAGGCGACGAGCAGGAGCCCGAGGCCGAGCCGGAGGAUGGGGACAGCGACGAGGGAGAGGACAUUUUUAUUGGGAAUACCAAACCUGUGGAGAUCAAGCCAAGUGCCAUGGCCAGGGAACCUCGCAGUGAGGUCACUGCGAAGGGUCAAGGCGACAUCAUUAGUGAUCCCUUGGGGGAGCUGUUUCCAAAUGUUGUUGAGGAGCCAUCAGGGGCCUUGGUCAGCGAACCACCGACAGACAUCUUCAGCGAGGAAGAGUCCGUUGUCACUGACUCCAAAGCAAACAUCGACCCCAGCACCAUCUCCAAGGCCAACGGCGUUCAUUCAGAUGAAGAGCAGGAUUUAUUCUCAGAAGCCACCGUUGAGCUGUCGUUGGACAGCCCUCGGAACGAAAGGAAAAAGAUUGAGAACACCAGGCCCCCUGUUGCCGCCCCUACCGUUUCUGUCCCCCCCAGCACUUCAAAGGUGGCUUCCAAAACUCUGGAGGAGCUGGAGGAGGAAGAGGAGGAGGACAAGUUUGAACUGAACAUCUCCAUUACAAACCCGGAGAAAGUCGGAGAUGGUAUGAAUGCCUACAUGGCCUACCAACUUUCUACGCAGACCACACUGCCCAUGUUCAGGAGCAAGUCAUUCACAGUGCGCCGACGCUUCAGCGACUUUCUGGGGCUCUAUGAGAAAUUGUCAGAGAAGCAUUCGCAAAACGGCUACAUCGUGCCACCACCACCGGAGAAGAGCAUUCUGGGGAUGACCAAAGUGAAGGUGGGGAAGGAGGACUCAUCUUCUGCUGAGUUUGUGGAGAGGAGGCGAGCAGCGCUGGAGAGGUACCUCCAGAGAGUGGUUUCCCACCCAUCCCUCCUGCAGGACCCCGAUGUGCGCGAGUUUCUCGAGAGAGAUGAGCUUCCCAGGGCCGUGAGCACUCAGACCCUGAGCGGCGCAGGCUUCCUGAAGAUGAUCAACAGGGCCACUGACGCCGUCAGCAAGAUGACAAUCAAGAUGAAUGAGUCCGACAUUUGGUUUGAGGAGAAGCUUCAGGAAGUGGAGCUCGAGGAACAGCAGCUACGGAAGCUUCACAUCGUCGUCGACACGCUCGUCUCCCACAGAAAGGAGCUGUCCGUGAACACAGGUGUGUUUGCAAAGAGCGUAGCCAUGCUGGGCAGCUCGGAGGACAACACAGCUCUGUCGCGUGCCCUCUCCCAGCUGGCCGAGGUGGAGGACAAGAUGGAGCAGCUUCACCAGGACCAGGCCAACAAUGACUUCUUCGUCUUUGCCGAGCUGCUGGCCGACUACAUUCGCCUUUUGGGCGCUGUUCGGGGCUGCUUUGACCAGCGCAUGAAGGCUUGGCAGCGCUGGCAGGACGCUCAGACCAUGCUGCAGAGGAAGCGUGAGAACGAAGCCAAGCUGCUGUGGGCCAACAAGCCGGAGAAGCUGCAGCAGGCCAAGGAUGAGAUUGCUGAGUGGGAGUCCAAAGUCACUCAGUACGACACCGACUUUGAGCGCAUCUCUGCCACAGUGCGCAAGGAGGUGCUCAGAUUUGAGAAAGAGAAGACCAGGGAUUUCAAGAAACAGAUAAUCAAAUAUCUGGAAUCCCUCCAACAUUCACAACAGCAGCUGAUAAAGUACUGGGAAGCGUUCCUGCCCGAAGCCAAGGCAAUAGCAUGACGACGAGUGCGGACUUGCAGAGACAGAGGCUGCCUUUUUUAUACACUUUACCUCUCGCCUAUAAAACCAAGGAAAGGCCCUGAGAUACUCUGGAAAGAGAAAAGGAAAACAAUCUAUUACAUUCUUAAUCACCAUAAACCUAUAGUUGAUCAUCUAACGAGUGUAUUAAUAAUUGUAUAUUUUUCAUUUAACUUCUACAUAUAUUUUCUUAAUGAUGAAAGAAAUAACCUGUGUAAUGGAAAGCCGUACUCGGUGGUGGGUUACUGUCCUUAACGGGGUAGAGUGGGAUGGGGGUGGGGUUGAGAAUCAUGGGGUGGUAUCUGAGGAGGAGACAGAAAAAAACAGGUGGGGUUUGAGAAGAAUGGGGGUAGGGUUUGAAGAGGAGGACAGCUCUUUGAUCAGAAGGUCGGUGGUAACUUUACCGCUCUGACUGAAUUCUUUCUGGAUUUGGCACUUGUGUAGUGGUGAUGCACCAGCAGGCUUAGCCGGGGGGAGGGGUCUAUCGUUUACAUUACAGGAGCUGUUUCUUUUGACACAGAUGGUGGUGAGCACUUUUUGUCCUCUUGGCAGGGGCCCAGUACUUCAAUGUAGAGUAGGCGCUGCAAGGACACUCGUUUGUUUAGAGUGGCCCUUCACCUCGGCGAUAGGGAGACGGGCAUGCUGGGAGAUGGCUUUCCCUCGUGUCGCUUUAACUCUUCGUCUUCAUUCCCGCUGCAAAGCAUUAUUCUUGAGAUUACAGCUUCCUCAAAACGAGUUGCUAUGCUGGGGCGAGCCUACGCACCUACACAUCCUGGAGCAAGUGGGGUGCGGCUCAAAGCCUGAGAAGGCCAGUCCCACUCUGAACUGCUGUUUGAUGCCCCUACAGAGUGGCAUCCGCCGUUGGCACAGUGUCUUUAUCCUUGUCGUUAAACUAUGCAUCAAAGUGCAUCGAGCUGACUGCCAACGCGAGAUGUUCUUGAUGUUCUCGUAUCUUCAUGUGUGUCUUCAGCUAGAGCGCUAUAGCUCCUGUUGUUCUACAGCAGCUGCGAUUUCAACACCUGCCUUUAGAAAAGAAGCAAAUGUAUAUUUUAAUACUUUGAUUAAUGUCAGAACUGCCCAGUGUGUCGCAGCAAAGAGCUUGUACUGAAGAAUUUUUGAGUUACCCGUUAGCGGUUUGGUCUGAACUUGUCCAGCAGCGGUAUCAUUAUUACGUGCGGAGAAGUCAUGUUA